UCAAAUACCGUACGUCAAUCAAAGAUUACUUUCAAAAUGGCUUCCCGAAGAUACAAAGAAAUGUAUGGGAUCUGAAAUAAAAUCUUAUUUUUUGGCAGUUUAAAUAAAUUAAAUUCUACGUGCCGACCUCUCGUUGAUAAAUAAUAUGCAACUGCACUACGAAGCGAAAGUUUUUUCACCGUUUCGUUUAUUCGUCGAGCCGCGGAAUAGAGGUAAAAUAACAAAGAUCUUCGGUUGUACUUCCUUUAUAGUUUCAUCCAAAUACCUUCACUUACCUUCACUUCCAUGCUUUGAGCUGUCCGUGUGUUUCAUGCUUUCAUCGGUGCCGACCCCUCAAAAUUUUCUUCAGUUUACGAUCUUUCAAAUACGUUAAAUAAAGCCUUCCAUGAUAAAAUAGGAGGCCGCAAAUCAAUCUUGAAAAUAGGGCUUUUUCACUAUUAGACGUAACCUUUACCUGAGCUCGCGAAUGUCCUGUAGGACGCGAAGAACGACCACUUUCCAUCGUUUUCUUCGUGAAGAAAGUCGCCAUAUUUACUUCAGCUUAGCAGCCUAGCAUUUCCACGCUUUUUACCGCUGUUUUAACAAUCUGCAGACUCCUACAAGCGCCAAAUCGCGCCAAUUAUAAAAAACAAAACUUGUAUCACUGUGAGCUCAUUCCAGUCUGAAUCGUCAAAAAAUGUCUGAUGUUUUGCUCGAUUUCGAAAAGAAAUCCCUAGAAUUUCAACUUAAGGUCACUGAAUCUCCUCUUUCUUAUAUAAAACAGCAAUGCGUUCAAGAAUCUCGAAUAGCUCUGGCAAUAUACAUCCCGUAUCCAAUUUUGAUGAAAUGGCAUGAGCUUGUUGGAAUAAAAGACGAGAGAGGAAAUGAGUUAAACUACAUUGACCUUCUUAAUUUUUGGAUUCCUGGUCGAUGGUUUAAAGUAAGCAAGGAGAACGGAUCAAGAAUCCACGGAAGAUUGAGACGUGAAGCCGGUGCAGUUGUGAACAAAUACACUGGGAAGAAAGUUAGUGGAAGUAAGAGAGAAGAGGCAAACAGGAAAGGGCUAACCCUUAACAUUUAUGAAACUGAGCUUGUGGUGCCUCAUGAAAUAGAAGAGAAUCUGUCUGCUGCAGAGCAAGAAAUAAAAGAAUGGAAAUUGAGGUACAAGGAUCUUGAGAAGGAGAAGGAAAGCUUGGCAAGGGGAAUGAUGGAAGCAAUAAGAAGAAAAGAAAAUGAAAUGGGAGAAACGGUCAAAACUACAGAGGAAAAGUUCAGAGAUAUUGAAGAAAAAAAUAAAGAACUUUCUGAGUACAUACAAAAUUUAGAGAAAAAGACUGGUUUUCUUUGCCAAGGGAAAACUAUAGACAGUUUGGGAAAAAGACAGCAAUCGAGAAGACUGAAGGAGCUGAAAGAAAAAUCAGAAAUUGCCCUCUGGUUUCUUGAGUCACAUGGACUCAAGCUGUCUUUUCUCAAGGUCCAGGAGGCAGCAACUAAUGAAUUUCACACCCUGGAAUUUGACCAGUUGUCAGCUAAUGAGACUGACCAGAACAACCUAGAAACUCUUCUAUUUUUACUGGACAAAUUCUGUGCAAGUGAUGAACUUUACCAUGAGUUGUCUCUUUUGUCUGAAGAUUUACCAAGGACAUAUUUGAUCAAACAAAGGAGGAAUGAACUGAAUAAACUCUGUCAUAUUGAAAGAACACCAGGUCAAUACCCUGGUGCACAACUUUCAUUUUCUGAAACUCUACAAGAUCACAUCAAACAAUUUUUGGAGUCAAAUUCAAACCACAAAGGUGAUGAACCAAUAAAGGUAAAGAUCAGUUGUGAUGGUGCGAAGAUGUCGAGGUCAGCAAAUUUUAUGAUAAUGUCAUUCUCACUCCUUCAAACAGGGGAUUUAGUUAUGUCAUCAAAGGGCAACAGGACAAUUGGUGUAGUCAAUGGCCCUGAAAAAUAUGAAACAAUUGAGACAUCAUUUUCAGAAAUUAUCAAUGACAUAAAUUCUGUGAAUAAAAAUGGGAAGAUCAAGGUUAAUGACAAAGAAAUAGCUGUUGAAUUAUUUCUCGGUGGAGACUACAAGUUCUUGCUGAUGGCCAUGGGGAUGUCUGGGGCUACCUCAGACUAUGCAUGCCUUUGGUGUAAGGUGCACAAGCUUUUCAGGUGGGACAUGUCCAAAGAUCUGUCCCAUUAUAACGAAGAGCUCGAGAGAACACUCCAAGAAAUUAAAGAGUUAAGUUCCUCUUCAAAGAAAUUUUCAUGUGUGAAAAGUCCAUUGUUUACUAUUGAGCUUGACCACAUUAUUCUUGAUGAAUUGCAUUUAAUGCUGAGAGUAACUGACAAACUGACUGAAAAUUUAAUCACAGAAGUAAUGGAGAAGGAUGCAAAGCAAGAUUUUAACAUGGCUCGGGGUAAGGAAAAGGGUGUAAACCUUGACAUUCUCAUUAAAACAAUCAAUGAACUCGGCAUAACUUUUUCUCUCUGGGAGAAAAAAAAUGCUGAUGGGAAAGGCAGUGGAACAUAUGACUGGACUAGCCUUGUUGGGUCUGACAAGAAAAAGCUGACAAAACUUUUGCCAGCAAAACUUGAAGAACUAGAUAUCCUGUUCCCAGAAACAAAAGAAACAGUCAUCAAACUCUGGAAAGAUUUUUAUACACUCUACAGUUUAAUCAACUCUGAUUCAAAUGCUGGUGACUUUUACCUUGACAUUUUCCAGAAAUCUAAAGACUUUGUAAAUUUGUUUUGUUCACUUGGUGGUGUUCGAAUAGGAUAUGAAAAGAAGAGAGUGACUCCUUACAUGCAUGCAUUAGUAUAUCAUGUACCAAUGUUCAUCAAAAAUCAUAAAAACUUCAGACAGUUCACUGGUCAAGGCAUUGAAAAAAAUAAUGAUGAUGCCAAGAAAAUAUACUUUCAAAAAUCAAAUAAGUGGGAUGCGGCUCAGGAUGUUCUGCUUCUGGAACACAGGCAGGAGGCACUAAAGCACUGCGAGAGAGAAAAAAGGCAGUACACCAAACGAAAAGCAGCUUACUGGGAGGAUGGCAUCAUCGAGACACGAAAAAAAAGAAAGAGGGCAUGUUUAAGAGAACUACAAAAUGACCACAAUGGAGCUGAUGUACAAGGAAAUAACUUAAGCGAAGAUAAAUACAACAAAAUGACUGUUAAGCAGUUAAGACAGGAAAUCAAAUCUAUAGGUAUUAAUGUGAAAGGGAUUGCAAAGCUGAAAAAAUGUCAAUUGGUUGAGAUUUUGAAGCAAAAUCAGUAACUAUGGCA